AGUGGCUGUAUCCUUCCUGCAUGUGGGCAGUCAGUUCCAUCCGCACUGCGCGCUGGGUUUGGUUCCCUAUGUAGAACUCAUGCAGUUCAUUGCAUCGGCUACUACCGGCUCCUAUAUUCCAUCACCACCUGCCGUUGUAUUUCCGGAUAUGCCAGGAAAAAUGAAUAUUUACCAGAUAUCCUUUCUGACUUGGUCUUUCAUGAAAGGAGGAUUGGGCAUUGAACCAUACAGUGGAGAGUUAUCCAAGGGAGAAUGGUGUGUCAGAAAUCGAAGGUUUGAUGGAAACAGAGAACCUCAACUUCUAACCAAAAAACAGAGUGAAGACUCUCUGAAUGUAACUCUUUCCAGUGUUUUGUGUUGUAGAAUGCGUGAGGGAUAUUUUGUUAAGUCUGUUUACUUGAAAGAUGAAGCAGUGGAUCUAUGCCUAGUGUUGCCGUGGUCAAAUCACAUCUAUAUAGAAUAUUAUGUGUCCAGUGACUGGCCUCCGACUGAAUCAGUUCGCUAUGCUAUCUCAAUUAAAGCGAAAGUUAUGACAAAGUACAAACAUGGUUCUUCAUCAUACGUGUUACCUCCAAGCCACCAUGUGUUGUUCUGCAUGUCGCAUUUCUUGGAAAUACCCCUGGAUACCUCAGAAAUUUGGUAUGUAUUUCACAAUACAUAUUAUAAUCUUCUAUAAUAUAACAUAGGGAAGAAUUGGCUUAUACAC